AUGGCGGACGUUGACCUGUUGAUUAAAAACAACACGGUGAAAGUGUUUGUUCACGAUACUCGGAAAUAUCGUGCAAAGGAGAUAAUUGACUUAGUGGAGGAGAAACUUGGUGAGGAUAGUGUACUGGCUUGUGUUCCUUGUAACGGUUCAUAUGAUGUUACUCUUGUGCAUAAGGAUGUUGCAUAUAAAUUGGUGGAGGACGGAUUAAUGGCAGACUGUAAAGAAGGUAUGCAUUGUAAAUUUGUUGAUUCGAGAAUCAAGGUUGUUUCAUUCAUGCAUAUUCCUGUUUACAUAAAGGAUGAAGAUAUUUUGAAAAAAUUGAAAUCAUGGGGUGUAAAAGUGGCCGGGCCUUUGAUAAGGAAAACCGUUGAUUUCAAAGGGAAAAAGAAAUAUGAUGGCACCAGAUAUUUAAAGGUAGAGUUUCCUCCUAACGUUGCCAGUUUGCCGUAUGCUACUAAUUUCGAAGGACUUUCAUAUUCAAUCAGACAUAAUGAGCAAGAGAAAGUAUGCUUUAACUGUUUACAACCUGGUCAUAUUUUGUCUCAAUGCCCAGAUAUUAAAUGUUUUAGAUGUGAGGAGCCAGGGCAUGGGAAAAAGUCAUGCACAGCGGUUUUAUGCCCUAGAUGUGGAUUAUUUGAUUGGAAAUAUUUGUGUGUUCCAGUGGUUGACCAUGAUUUGUUCGUGAGCACUGCUUCAUGUGUUGAUAACGGAGUGAGUAACGGUUCGAGAGGUGGUGAUUGUUGUGAUACCAAUUCAAGGCAGGCUGACAGUGGUGUGAGUGGAGAAAAAAGUGAAAAUAUUAGUGAUGUUGAUUUGUGUAUUAAAAAUGAAGAUGUUUCUAUUAAUAAAGAUGUGGAUAGUUUGAAUGAUGUUGAAAUUGUUGAUGAUUUUGUAGCCGGUCCCUGGGUGCAAGGGGUUCUCCCCUUCAACCAAAAAAUAAGGCUUGGGUUCUCUUUCCAAAUUUAUUAUAUAACUAAAAAAAAACCCGAAGUGGGGUUAAAUGUAAACUAUAUCUUAUUAACUAAACUACGUAAUAUACACAGACUUUCACUGAAUAAUGUAGAAUUAAUCAGAUAG